UCUCUAAUAUAAAAGUAAACAACAAAGAACAUCUAAAAAUGUAGGAAACAGCAAACAGGAAAAAACAAUAAUAAAUAUUACAUUUUAUUAAAUGUGAUACGAAAUGGGAAAGAGCAAAGACACAAUUUUAAGAAACUCUCAACUCCAAAAGGAGCAAUUGCAACUUUGUAAGAUCCAAAAGGAAUUGGAAAACAUAUUGGGUAAAGUGAAUGAAGCAAUUAACGAAUUAAAAGUUGAAGAAUUACAACUUAAGGCCGGAUCUGCCGCCGCGUUAUGUGAGAAUUUAGGUACACCCUCUAUAGACAAUUUAUGUGGACAACAGCAACCCAGUACCAGUUCAAAGGCAAGUUUAUCAUUGAAUCAAUUACCGAAGAGCUUGGCAUGUAGACCAACUGAAGAGUGCGAUGAUAAUGGACAAAUUGAUGCGGUGAUUAUAAAUAAACAAGUUAUAGAUUUAAAUAUGACAGGAGGUCAAAACUAUAUGGAAGAAGAAGAUGAAGAUGAUGUGAUAUAAUAUAAAAUACCAAUUCGAAAUUGCAAUAAAAGAAGCUGAUUUUGGAUCAAAAUCAAUUCCAUGAACAUCAAUUUGUUUAAGUUUAUUUCAUCUAUAACUUAAUUAUACGUAAAUAAUGUAUUUCAUAGGUGUCAUAUGUAUAAAUUAUAUAUGCAAGCAUUUAACUUGGAUAGAAUCCUUUUAAGCCAAUGUAUUUAUAUUUUCCAUUAGAACUCUAAUAUAUUUAAAUGAUUUUUAAUAGUUAAUAAAUGAAAACCAGCAGACA